CGGGAAAAGAAGAAGCUGAGAAAGUUGUCCAGUGUCACUUUAGGACGAUGUAAAUUUUGUUAGUCAGUUAAGACUAUCCUAAAUGGCGCAGUACAGAGUGUAUGAUCCUGAGCAGGAGAUUCCCUGUCCGUACAACAAAUGUGAGAUGAUACGGGCCAAGCGAAUGCCGUACCACCUCAUCAGAUGCAGGAGGAAUCAUCCCUGUUCAGAGUAUGCUAGUUGUCCCUUGAAUGCCACCCAUGUGGUGCCAAAACCUGAGCUACGGUACCACCUUGAAAACUGCCCAGAUAAACCACGACUGGAACAGGAUAUCUCCUUUGAAGCACAGAAGAGGGAAGGAGGCACCCUGUUCACUGGUUGUACAAAGUUACCCACAUACAGCCAGAUAGACUUAAAGAUUGAAGAUGACUGGGAUAAAGAAAUUCCUCUUCUUCCUCGUAUUGGGGUGGAUCCAAAUAUUUUUGCCAAAAUGGAAGGAAUUCAACUACAAGGGCUUACAACAGCAGAGAAGAAACACAUGAAGGCACAGUAUGCUCUGCCACAAGAGGAAAGAAGGUACUUUAAGAAUCCAGAUAAACCAGAGGAGAAGCCAGUAGCAGGUGCCCCAAAACAGGAGGAGGAGGAGGAAGAAGAACUGAGGAUUCCUAACAAAGCCCCCCAGACCUACGUCCCUAAACCCCAGUCAACCAAACAGCAGCCCCACACUGUGUUCGCCUUCUCCUUAUCCUCUACAGGAGUUGGCAGGGGUCAGACAGCAUCAACGGGGGAACAGCCCUCCAUGGAGGGGCAGGGGGUGGGGAUGGGAAGAGGAAUGGCAGGUGUGGGUCGGGGGAUCACAGGGGUGGGCAGAGGAAGGGCGGAGUCAGUCUGGCUUGGCAGUGAAAAGGUGGACAAUUCUUUGAACUUGAUUGGGAGAGGACAGAGUAUUAGAGGGGGUCAUGUGAUGAGGGGUAGUGCAGGAGGGGGUCAGGUGAUGACAGGUAGUGUGGGAAGGUUGAUGAUGGCAGGGACUGGACGAGGUAUUUCCGUGGACAAGCUAGAUAAACAAGAUUGA